AUGAAGUUUAUAUUCACUAUUAGUACUGCAUUGGCAUUUUUGGGGGCAUGCCUUGCAGAAAAUUUUGAUCAAUUCUAUACCCCAACCCAAAUCAUUCCAGGGCUUCAUCCUCCACAACCUUCACCGACUUUAACUGGAGCAAUCACUAAUAUGUAUAUGUCAGGUCCUUGGAUGAGUCCAUUAGAACAUAAAAGAUGGGUAGAAAGUUUGAGAGAUUACAAACUACCAAUUGGUUAUAUUCCAAUGGCGAGAAGAUACCAAAGGGUUAAGGAAAGUGCCAUCGUUGAGAGAGCUAGACAAUGGGCUGAAAUUGCUGCUUGGAGGUUCCAAUCUGAUCCAAAGUACUCUAACAGUCCUUUCAAAUAUACUGUUAAGGAUUUUGAGGGUAUGUUUCAAAAGUUCUCUGCUUUUGGAUGGAGCCAAGAAGCUUGUGAGCAGGUUCUUACAGAUAUGGGAAUUCAUUCUGAAAGCACUGAGGUUUGGUGUUCAAAUAUAGAACCAUGGGGUCAUGAUGAGUGUGCUGAUUUAACAUGGCCAGAUUUCGUUCUUGUUGACGAUAUUGAAAACAAAUUCAGAGGCAAACUCGAGCAGCAAUCAAUCUGUAGAUUGGUUCAGCUUGUAAGACCAUCACAGCUUCCCAACGUUAAGUACAGAACUGUCUAUGAUAUCUGUCAACAGAACAUCUUGGCUUUAAGGGAUCCUCUAACUGUUGAAACCGUUACUCAAGAGGAUGCUGAGGUCAUCUGUAGAAUGAUGGAUUUCACUAUGACUCCAGAAUGUAGGAGAGUUCCUCCAAGACAUAUUCAAAAGGCUCAGGAAUUGUCUGUUGCUUUUGGUGAAGCUGUUUAUCCUAGAUUACUUGAUUUCAGAGUUAGUGAUGCCUGUAAAGUUGUCUCUGCCAUGAAGGAUGAAGAUACCCAGACUCUUGAGUUUUGCAGAAAUGAAAUGAUCACUCUAUUAUGGAACAGAGCUGCUAAUAUGGGAGAAACUGUAUGUCCAUGGGGAUGGGAUAUUAUCUCCCAAUUUGUUGAAGCUUGUCAAGAGGUAUACAAGAAACAUUCUAAGAGACCUAAGGAAUUAGAGGAAAAGGCUGUUAUCUUGACUGGUGGUUUCUUCAAUCCCACACAAACUUAUACUACCAGAUGGUGGAAAACUUCUCCAAUUGGUCAAAAGUUGGCUGCACUUCUUAUUAAUGAACCAGCUUUGAGCCAGUCCUUACAAGAAGGUAUUUUCUCCCCAACUCAGCUUAUGUGGGCAUAUAAUAUCUAUGAUGAGUACAAAGCAAUGGGAUUCAAUGUCUACUCCCUUGUAGAAAUUGUUAAUAUGGUUAGAGAGUUUAACAUUAAUGAACCCCAGACCACUUGUGAGUCUAUAUUUAACUCUUAUCUGGGUAAAUUUGAAAAUAAUGAUGAAAAUGCUCCUAGAGAACAGUUUACAAGAGCUGAGGUUAGAAAAAUGUGUGCUGCCAUAGAAAAGCAAUCUGUAGAGAUUUGUAGAAGAUUCUUAGUUUCUCCAUUGAUUGGUGUUGCCAGAGAUGUAAGAUCCUACUUCCUAAAAGAAUUAAGAGGUAAUACUUUAAUGCAACUUGAAGAUGUAUGUUUAUUGGUAGCAGCUAUGAAUAUCCCAAAAAUCAGUCCAACUAAAGGAUCUGUUCAGAGAAGAUGUUCUCAUGCUAUGAAUAGAUUUGUUUUGAAAAAUGCUAAUUUAACUUUUGCUCAAAGAUAUGGUUUGACAGCAACACAACAGGAUGAGAUUUGUAACAGAAUGGACUUCUGGGGAUCUGAGUCAUGUGAUAAGCUUCCAAUGAUUAGAAGAACAAUUGUUCAUCCAUUUACUAGAAAGCUAUAUGAUCUUUCAAAAAGGUAUGGAAUUCUUGAGUAUAGAUUUGAUGAGAUUUGCAAAGCUUUUGAUCUUAUGGGUGAUAAUCCACCCAGAGAGAAAUGUGAGUUUGUUAUGGUCUCAGAAUUCUUUUCAAGAUGGAUGGACACAAGUAACUCUCUAUUCCAAUUAUCCCAUCAUGUUUGCUCUUCAUUCUUUGAAAGAAGAACUUCUGGAAAGGAACUUAAUGAGAUCAAGAAAGCUCUUAAUAGUAUUAAAGACUUUAUGGACGAAAAAGGUGAAUAUCAGAUUCCUUCUACAGAAAAGACUUAUCAACAGUUUAUGGAUGAAAAGAUUAGAUCAGCCAAACCUAAGACUAGAAAAUAUGAUGUUAUGCCAAGUUUAACAGAAGGUAGUCAAGUUGAGUCAUUACCUGGAGUUCUUAAAACUUUGGAAUCUUUGGAAACUUCUCAUUCUCCUGGAAUUGAAGAUAUAAGAGGAAAAUACUACUCUUCACUAAAUAAAGUACAGUUAGAAAUGUUAAAUCGUAUUGUCUCUCAUAAACCAAUGAAAGAUGAAAAGAAAACAACUGUUGAGGCAUUUGCCAAAGUUAUCUACAAACUCAAUCAAUUCACUGUUAUGGAAAGUUGUGUUGGCCAAUUAGUGGAUGAUCUCAACUACUCAGUUGAAUCUGCCAAGUCUAUUUGUGCUUUAAUAGAUCCAUUACAAAGUGAGAGCUGUCUCUCUGCUCAGAGAAUUGACUUUAUUACAGCUAAGCAAAUGCAUCAAAAACUUGCAACUAAGACAGGGUUCUCCCAAUUCAUUAACUUGGCUCACAUUUGUGAUGUUGUUAAUUAUGUAAACAUUCUCAAGUAUGCCAACAAAGUUAAGCAAGGAAGGAUGAGAAUUGCUACUCCAUCUUGUAGAAAUGCAGUUAAGACAUUACUUUUCCCCAAGUACUUAGUAGCUCAAAGUAAUCAAAUGUUAAAUCAGAUUUGUUCUAUUUUAGAUAUUACAUCAGAUCCAAACUUUAAUGGUGGAAUUCUUAAGACCAAUUUGGAGAGAUACUAUGCAUUUAAGUUGGCUGAUGCAUAUGGUCACAAACUUGAUCUUUUACCAAAGAAGAGAACUCAUCCUAUUACUUGGCAAUUAAUUAUGUCAGCCAUCAGGAGAAUUAAACCAACAGCACAAUCCAAAGUAACCAGAUCCCAAUGUACUAGUGCUAUGCAAGCAGCUUUUGGUAAAUUCAAACAGUUCAGUCCAGUAGAAUCCACAGAAGCAUGUUGUCUUGCCCUUGGAUGUUCAGACUUUGUUGUUAAUGGAGAUUUCCUUUCUCCACCAGCCUCAAAUGAAGCUUCUCCUCAAGAAAUGUCUAUCUUGGCAUCUUCAAAACGUGCUCUUGAGUCUCCUCAGGAAGUUUCUCAGUAA